GGGAGAAGGAGAGGGAGGAGGAACGGGGGGAAGAUCGGGAGAAGGAGGAGAGGGAGGAGGACCAGGAGAAGGAGGGGGAGCGGGGCUAUGGCGGGAUCUUUGUCACGUUGUUUGGCGGAGGAGGAGCGAGCAGGGGAGGAGGAGGAGGAGGAAUGCGAGAAGCGAGAGGAGCGGAAGGAGGAGUGGGAGGAGCGGGGAAGGAGCGGGAGCGGGGCUAUGGCGCUGGAAGAGGAGUGGGAGAAGGAGGGGGAGAAGGAGGGGGAGGAGGAACGGGGGCAAGAGCAAGAGAAGCAGCGGGAGAAGGAGGACCGACAGGAGGAGCGGGAGGAGCAUCAGGAGGGGGAGCGGGAGAAGGAGAGGGAGGAGGAGAGGGAGGAGGAGCGGGAGGAGCAUCAAGAGGGGGAGCGGGAGAAGGAGAGGGAGGAGGAGAGGGAGGAGGAGCGGGAGAAGGAGCGGGAUCGAGGCUAUGGCGAGAUCUUAAUCACGUUGUUUGCGGAGGAGGAGUGGGAGGAGCGGGAGAACGAGCGGGAGGAGUGGGACAAGGAGCGGGAAAAGGAUGAGAGCAGUAACGAGGAGGACGAAGACAAGAAGGAGGAAGAGAAGGUGCGAGAUGAUGAAGUCGUGAUGAGGAGGUGGAAAAGAAAGAGGAGGAAAAUGAGGAGUGGGCAAAGGAGCGGGAGAGGAGUGGGAGAAGAAGCGGGGAAAGAGCGGGAGCGGGGCUAUGGCGCGGAAAGAGGAGUGGGAGGAGGGGGAGGAAGAACGGGGGGAAGAGCAGGAGAAGAAGGAGACAAAGGAGGAGUUGGAGGAGCGGGAGCAGGGUUAUGGCGGGAUCUUUGUCAUGUUGUUGGGCGGAGGAGCGAGAGGGAGAGGAGGAGGAGGAGGACGAGUGCGAGAAGCCGAAGGAGCGGUAGGAGUGGGAAAAGGAGCGGGGAAGGAAAACCGGAGAAGGAUGGGGAGGAGGAACGGGGGGAAGAGCAGGAGAACCAGCGGGAGGAGCGGCACGAAGAGAGGGAGGAGAAGCAAGAGGGGGAGCGGGAGAAGGAGAGGGAGAAGGAGAGGGAGGAGGAGAGGGAGGAGGAGCGGGAGAAGGAGCCGGAGCGGGGCUACGGCGGUAUCUUUGUCGCGUUGUUUGGCGGAGGAGGAGCGAGAGUAGGAGGAGCGGGAGGAGUGGGAAGGGAAAGGGGAAGUGGAUGCAUCUGACAACUCCUAAGUCCAUACUCACACCGGGAUUUUUUUUUUCGAUGUUUUUGCGGAAGGUUCCUUCUCCUUUUGCACAUUGGCAGGCUGCUCAAUUGAUGCACACAUGAAACUAUUAAAUUGGUUGUGUCUGGGCGUGCGUGCGUGUGUGUGUGUGUGUGUUUGUGUGUGUGUGUGUUUUAGUUAUACGACAAAAGGCCACCGCGACACGUCGCAGCAAGUCAUAAUUCACAUAUCUGCGAUACCCAUAUGUCGAAAGAAUUGGGGUAUAAAACUUUGAAACAGCAGAGAUUCGUAUUCACGGAAAAAUGUUUUUACGCGGAUACAAAUGAACUCAAUAAGUUGCA